UCUUCUGAUGUUUGGGAGUGUUUGACCUCUGACCUCCACAUGAACCCGUCCUGCCCUGAGCUUUCCUCUCGGCUCCACUAGCUCCUCUCUCGGCUGUCUUGCAGCGUGUUGGCAGCACCUUCAGACAGGAAGACACAUGUUGGACCUGUCUCCCUGCCCCUCCCUCGCCGUUCUGUCAGCCCGCUCAGCCCCCGACGGCAGUUGCGCGCUCGGAACCGGGCGCACACACGUGCGGGGUCAUCACACAGCGUGCCACGCUUUCCGCAGAGCUCCAGCAGAACCGGAGGGGGAAGAGUUUGGCUUCCAGUCGUCCCGCCGCCUUCAGACUGCCGGUAUGAGGUGGUGGCUGCUUGUGGCCAGUCUGUCGGUGACGGUGGUCCUGACCAUCCCUGACGCUCAGGCGGGGGGGAGACCCCUCAGUUCGGACGGGGAGAGUCAGAGAGGGAAGAGGAAGCGGGACCGAUCAGGUCAUGGCAGGUCCAGAGGAGGACCCAGACCUCUGAAGAUGAGACUGGUUCCAGGUCCAAAUGUUCCAGCGGAGCUGAUGGAAAAGCAGAAGCACGGCGGCUCCGUAAACAAGAGGAACAUCCAGGAACUGCAGCUCAUCUACAGCGUGAUUCCAGUUCCAAACAACCCCAAUGAGGCCACGCCCCUGCUGACCCAGGAGGAGAUCCAGCGAAUCCUGUGGCGGGAGGAAGAGGAGCACCAAGAGGAGGAAGAACAACUGAGGAAGAAGGAAGAGGCGAGGAAAAAGAGAAGGAGGGAAAGGAAAGAGAGGGAGGAGAAACAGAAGGAGGAGAGGAGGCGAGAGGAGGAGGCGCUGAGGCUGCAGGUGGAGAAGGAGGAGGAAGAGUGGAGGAGGGAGGUGAAAGAGAGGGAGGACAAAAGAAUGCAAGAGGAGAAGAUGAGAGAAGAAAAGGAGAGGGAGAAAAAAGAGAAGGAGAGGAUGAGGGAGCAGGAAGCAAAGCAGGAAGAGGAGGUGUGGCUGAGAGGAGACGUGUUUCAGAUGACUCCUAAAGAAGUGGACCUCCCCUCACGGCCUCCUACAGCAGGAGGGGAGGAGGAGGAGAACAGAGGAGCCCUCCCGCCAGGCUGCGACAUCUCUGACGUGACGAUGACCUGUGAGAACGCCAGACUGGCACACUUCCCUCCGCUGAGCAUCCCCGAGCUGAAAUCUCUCAGCCUGGAGGGUAACAACAUCAGCAGCAUUCCAGCACAAGCCUUCAACGGGAUUCCCAACCUGGAAUGGAUCAACCUGCGGAAAAACAGGCUCACCUCUGCUGGCAUCGACGCCGACGCCUUCAAGGGACUGAAGAUGCUAAGACGUCUGUAUUUAGACGGGAAUCUUCUGGAAAGCGUGCCCUCAGACCUCCCCUCGACCCUCCAGGAGCUGAAGAUCAACGAAAACAGGCUGAGAGCCGUCGAUGAAACCAGUUUCCAAGACAUGAGCAGCCUGAUGAUUCUGGAGCUGGAGGGAAACCUGCUGAGCGAGGGGAACGUGGAUCCUCUGGCCUUCGCCCCUCUGAGCCAGCUCUCCUACCUCCGGCUGGGGAAAAACCACUUCCGAACGGUGCCGCAGGGCCUUCCGAAGUCUCUGCUGGAACUGCAUCUGGAGAACAACUUGAUUGAAGAAAUCUCUGCGACUGUUUUCAAUCAGACCACCAACCUGAACGUCGUUUCUCUCAGACAUAACAAGCUUGAUGAGACCCGGAUCGCUCCCAUGGCUUGGAUCAACCUCAGGAACCUGGAGUCUAUUGACCUCUCACAUAACGAGUUCUACCUGGUCCCAUCCUUUCUCCCUACAUCUCUGGUCCACUUGGUGCUGGUGGGAAACAAGAUCGAGAGGAUCCCUGGUUACGUGUUUGCCCACAUGAGUCCAGGUUUGGAGUACCUCUACCUCUCUUACAACAAGCUCGACGGAGAGGGAACGGAACCAGAGUCCUUCGUCGGCACCUACACGUCCAUGGUGGAGAUGUGUUUGGACCACAACCAGCUGAUCAACGUGCCUGCUGGCAUCAAUGAAAUGAUGGCUCUGCACUUCCUCAGACUCGACAACAACAUGAUCAGGAGCGUCCCGGACCACAGCAUCUGCGACCCCGACAGCAGUGGGGAGAACACUCUGGUGGCUCUGAGGCUGGAGAACAACUUUAUCAACUCCAACAAGAUCUCCCCCACAGCCUUCUCCUGCAUACGCUCCGCCUCCAGCGUGGUGUUAAAGCCCCAGAAAGUGAAACACUGAAAAACCAGCAGAAGUUAGAAGUGAUGAACGAGAACUUGGGGGAUAUUUGAGAGCUUCAACUGGCGGUGUAGGAGCGAACAUCUGCACCGAUGCUACAGACUGCGCUCCACGCAUCUGGAAGGGGUGUAAAAAAAUGUUGGUCCAACACCUCAAAUGUCAAAACAUGAUGAUGAUCUUUGUGCUUCAUUAAAUUAAAAUAAAAACUGUAAAGCAUCGUGUCACACAGCUGACACUAACAACAAUUUGAAUUACCAGGAUCCACAAAUAAAAUUCUUGCUUAAACGCUC